AUGCUUUCAGGUCAUUCAAAGAGAGAGGCGGGGAUCAUAUAUAGUUACACGAUUCUCUCCCCUAUAAUAUCACCUAGGAGGAGACUAGAUCUCGCCACCACGUUUCACAGCAGUCUCUAUACACUAGCGACUGCUCUAUUAAUGAGACCGAUCAUCCUUAUCGCCCACAGCCUAGGCGGCCUAAUCAUAAAAGAGUUUCCUACUACAUUAGGCGAUAAGGAUUAUUUAGAGGUUUUCACUUUCUAUAAAACGCUUAAGUCGCUAAUAGCACAAAAGGAAAACAGUGCAGAGUAUAUCUACGCGAUCACUCGCACGUAUUCUAACAUGGUUAAAUUUAGGCCUCAAGAUCACGAAUAUACCAACGUUCAUGAUAGGCUUAGGGGUCUUACUCAGCGAGCUUUAAUAUCCCGUACAAUCAAAAUCCAGAUUUUGUUAAGAGAUCUAGUAUCCUGGACACACUUAAGCAAUAACUAG